AUGACAGAUGACUUUGGUAACUUUGACGAUGAACAGAAUAAUGAUAGAUACAAAGUAUCAGCUAAGAAAACUGUAGAUGAGUAUACGAAAUUGGAUGCAGAAGAUGAAUCUUUAGCUAAAUGGAAGGAAUCUCUAGGGUUGAGUGCAGAUGUUUUACCAUUAGAAUUCCCUGGAGAUACAAGAAAAGUUGUAAUUCAAAAGAUUCAAUUAUUGAUUGACACUGAACAUGAACCAAUCAGCUUUGACCUGACUUCGGAAGAGACUAUUAACAAAUUGGCAUCAAUGCGUUAUAAGAUCAAAGAGAAAUCUGUAUAUAAAUUGAGGAUUACUUUUAAAGUUCAACAUGAAAUCAUUACCGGUCUAAGAUACGUACAGUAUAUCAAAAAAGCUGGUAUUGCAGUUGAUAGAAUUGAUGAUCAUUUAGGUUCCUAUGCUCCAAAUACAAAAGCAAAACCAUUCUAUGAAGUGGACUUGCCUGAAAGUGAGGCACCAAGUGGUUUAUUAGCAAGAGGUAAGUAUAAUGCAUCAUCAAAAUUCAUUGAUGACGAUGGUGUAAACCAUUUGGCACUACGUUGGGGUGUCGAAAUCGUGAAAAGAUAA